AGUCAACAAGUGAGUCGAACUCGCUUCGGUGUUGCAUCAUCACAGCACGCUCGUGCAUGCGCAGACAGCUCCGGCUCUCUUCUAUUGGCUAGUCAGCAUCGGAAGUUCGUGUGUCAGCUCGGAAGGCGCGCGCGCAGCAGCCGGCAUAAGAAGCCGGGUAAAGAGGGAGAUGGAUCUGUCGGGGCAGCCUGCCUGAGCUGCUUCUCCGGGCACCACCCGCUCCCCGUCCCGGAGGUGGCGCUCCCAAGAAGCACCAUGGUGGCUGGAGAGCUCAUGCAGGACCUGCACCUGCGCGCGGACACCGGCGCGCCGGACCACAUCACAAUCGAUAGAAAAAGUCCCGAACCAGAAGCUGCCGCGCUAGAGUCAGAUCCCAUAGCCAGAACCGAACCGAACGGCUUAGACACGCUCCGAGGCUCCGGACGGGAACAGGAGCCCCCGCCAGAUGAAAGAGAAGCGAUGCUGCCCAACGGAGGAGGAGCGGGGCGGGGGGCAGAGACGGAGAAGCGGCUAGAAACGCGGCUGUAUCUGAGGCGGUUUGCGGUUCUGACCGUGUUCAGCCUGUGCUCGCUGGUCAACGCGUUCCAGUGGAUCCACUACAGCAUCAUCACCAACGUCUUCAUGGAGUACUACGGCGUGACCAGCGACAAGGUGGACUGGCUCUCCAUCGUUUACAUGGUGGCCUACGUGCCGCUCAUCUUCCCCGCCACCUGGCUGCUGGAUCGGCGGGGGCUGCGGCUGACGGCCCUGCUUGGAGCCGGCCUCAACUGCGCCGGCGCGUGGUUGAAGUGCGCCAGCGUGAGCCCCAAGCGCUUCGGAGUCACUGUCACAGCCCAGGUCAUCUGCGCCGUGGCGCAGGUCUUCAUCCUCGGGCUGCCGUCCCGGGUCGCCUCGGUGUGGUUCGGACCUCGGGAGGUAUCCACCGCGUGCGCCACAGCUGUGCUCGGAAACCAG